CCGUGUGAGCUACUCAAGUUCGAAUAUUGCAAUGGAGACGUCUGGGUACCCUCAGUCUCGCAAGUUGGUGGACUUGAUGGAUUUGAGCGCAUUAAGGAUUUGAUAACUCAUUCCCAUGGAGAGGAGCCACCAGAAGAACCAAAAGAGUUUGCGAUGCUCGAUGAUGAUGAAUACAUUACAUCCAUAGAGGGAACUUGCCAUGGUUAUCAUGUUUCCUCGAAUUUGAGAGCGGUGACCUCUUUAAAAUUCAAAACAUCAUUUCAGAGAGAGUCACCACUAUUUGGUAAAGAGGACGGUAAAAAGUUCAUCAUCAAAGGGGAGGGUUUUCACACUAGACUUUUCGGCUUCAGAGGAUCAUCAGACCUCGAUCGUCUAGCUGCUCUCCAAGCCUAUUUCACCGUGGCACCUCCUUGGACAUGUUCAGUGGUAAAAGGUGCAUUAUACAAAGAAUGUGGGACUAGGUGGGAUGAUGGAAUACAUGGUAGGGUCCAUAACAUUACAAUAACUAGUGAGUGGCCAAAAAUCUAUUCUAUCAAAUUGGGGUAUAUUGAUCAUGAUGAACAUAUCAUUCGCUAUGGAGGUUACCGUGAAGAACCGAAUAUAGAUGUUGAUGAUGAUGGCACAAUUCUUGUGCAUACACAGUUUAGUUUUCACAUAUUCGCUUGAGGUCGGUGCUGAUGAUUUUGUCACCUCCGUUGAAGUAGGCAUGUCAAAUUAUCUUGGUUUUCUCUCCAUAGCUAUGCUGAAAAUUAAGACAAACAGGGGAAGAGCUCAAGUGUUAGGAUACGAUCCUACUGGCCAGUGAAAUAUGCCAAAAGGCUCAUUUUGCACAAGAGAGAUCAUAAGAUAGUGGGUUUCUUUGGAAGAGGUUCGGGGUUUCUUGAAGAUAUUGGUGUUUACUUUGAGCCAAUUAAUGGUGAAUAAGCCUCUUUUCCUUAGUAUUUGCUUUUCAUUGCUACUCUUAUCUUUUUUCUUUGUGUCUCUAUGUCUUAGUCUCUCUGUAUUUGGUUUUUAAAUGUAUCUCUAUGUCUUA